AUGAGAUCCGAUCAAGCAUUCACAACGCCUUCAUAUUCCAUUGGUGAAUGGAGGAACUACGUUGAAGGCGUUGCUUCAGUCUGUCUUCUUGGGAUGAGGGAAGCGAUGAGAGAAGACAGGGGACGCUGGCCCAUAGAGUGGCAAGAUCUAUCAGUGAGAGCUAGUUCGGCGCCACCAUCAGCGAGGAAAAGGCGGGUAGCCGUCACAGAAUCGCGUCGAAGAUCCAAAUCAUCUCGAGAUUCCAGGAAUGCUUCGUCAAGGGAUUUCAAGCCGGACAAUAAAAGAUGCGUAUGCGGAUUCCCCGACUUGUAUCACAAUGGUGUAGCCCAUCAGAGGCACCUUGAUCUUCUCACGAACAAGAGAUUAAGGGAGAAGACGGAGAGAGCAGAAAAAGGAUGGCGUGAUCACCAUUCAAACGGACGGGCCAAUCAGAUGUUUGAUUUCACGAAGCCCCUGGUUAAUUCAGUAGCUCAUUUG